GCCAGGACUCGAGCUACAUAGCGAGAGAGGGCGAGGGAGAAAUAUGCACACAAAUUUCUACAUUUUGUAGCUGCAGUUCGUUUUCGAAAAUGCAGAGGCUAGGAUUUCCAAGCAUGAAGAGUUUGGAUCACUUCAAAUCAUUAGCAGGAUCGGUCCCUGCAACCGCGAAGAGUUUCUCGUUCUCUUCGCGUCCUGCUUCGGAUUCGAUUUCUUCGGGAAGUUUCGCGAAUUUGAAGCUGACCGCAGAGAAAUUGGUGAAAGAACAAGCUUCUGUGAAGACUGAUCUGGAAAUUUCGAAUAACAAGCUGAAGAAAUCCAUGGAGCACAUCCGGGCAUUAGAGGAAAAAUUGCAGAAUGCCUUCAAUGAAAAUGCUAAGCUUAAGGUGAAGCAGAAAGAAGAUGAGAGGCUCUGGCAAGGGUUGGAAUCUAAGUUCUCUUCAACUAAAACCCUGUGUGAUCAACUUACCGAGACUUUACAGCACAUGGCUGUUCAGGUUCAGGAUGCUGAGAAAGAUAAGGAGUUUUUUGAAGAAAAACUAUCUUCAAGUUCAAUAGUUCUCGAUGGUUUGAAUCAACAAAUGCAUGCUCUGUCCCUGAAAUUAGAGUCUGCAGAAGAAACUGCUAGAAUUUGUGGGAAGGAGCUGGAGAAACUCAAAAUUGAGGAGGAGGAGAAGGAUAAAAUUCACAGAGAUGAACAGAGCAAGACUGCCAAUCUCAUAGAUGAAAAGGAUGCUAUGAUCAAGAAGUUUGAGGAAACUGUAGCAGCUAAUAGAUCGGUGACAGAGAGUUUGGAGUCUAAAUUGGGAGAGGUGUACGUUCAGUUGAAACUGAAAGAAGAUGAUAUUAAACAAUUGAUAUUCACUCAGGAAAAUUUGGAGAAAGAGAAGAGUGAUUUGCAACUGCACAACAGUGACCUUGCUAGAAAAUUGGAUACAUCCUCAAAGGAGAGAAGAAACCUCGAAGGUUUGGUUCAAGUGUUGGCUGCACAGUUGGUUGAAUUGGACAAACAAAACUUGACCUUUUCAUACAAGUUUGAUGAUCUGAACUCUCUUUAUGAAUCUUGCUUUAAGUUGGUCCAGCAGGAGAGAGACCUUGCUGCAACACAUGCUAAAAAACAAUAUGAUCAACUUCAUGAUAAGUUCUUAUGCAGAAAAUCAGAAAUGGAUGCAUUACAACUAAUAAAUCAGGACUUAAACAACAAGUGUAUUGAACUUCAGAAAGUCCAAGAAUCUGUUCAGGCACAACUUUCAGAGGAGUGCCGUUUGGCUGGGGAGAGAAUUCAAAAAUUGGAGUUUGAAGCAGAAAAGCUGGUCUCUGAGAAGCUUCAAACAGAAAUGUUGGUGUCCAAAUUAGAGGAGAAAAUUGGUACUCUGUCAGAAAAUUUGAGAUCAUCUGAAAAUAAAAUGCAAGAUUUAUUGCUGAAACUUUCGUCUUUAGAAAUAGAGAAUAAAGGUAAUUAUGAGAAAUUACAGUCAGAGAUACAGAAAAAAGCAGAAGAAGUAGAUAUUUUGCAAAAGGAGUGUGAGGCACAUAGGCAGCAUGUAGACUUGCUGGAGAAACAAAUCAGCCAUAUUCAUGAUCUUGCGGAGGAAAAGGAACAGCUUAUUAUGCAUUGUAAGGAGAGAGAGAAGAAGCUGGAAGAUCAAAUGGAGGAGAAUCAGGAAUUGCUAACUGCUGCUGAAAGUAAACUUGUGGAAGCUAAGAAGCAAUAUGAUCAGAUGUUAGAGAGUAAACAAUCGGAGUUGUCAAGGCACUUGAAAGAAAUAUCUCUGAGGAAUGAUCAGGCAAUUAAUGACAUAAGGACGAAGUAUGAGAUGGAGAAGCUGGAAAUUGUUAAUAUGGAAAAAGAGAAGGCGGACAAAGCUGUUGAAGAAAUGGAAAGAAAAUGUGACCAAAAACUCACAGAAUGUAAGGAAGAAUCAAGGCUAUACUUGAUGCAUGUGCAGGAGGAACACGCGGCUCUGGUCAGCCGUUUUCAGCAGGAGCAUGACAGAAAGGAAUUGGCCCUUAAAGCUGAUCACACUGAAGAGCUAAAACGUGCCCAACUUCAAUCUGAAAAAGAAUUGAGAGAGAAAACAACAUUACUCAGGAGUGAACAUGAAGCUCAGACGAGAGCUUUGAGGUGUGAGCAUGAAGAUGAGUGUAAGAAGCUGCAAGAGGAGUUGGAUCUUCAGAAGUCCAAAGAAGAGAGGCAGAGAGCUUUGUUGCAGUUGCAGUGGAAAGUGAUGGGUGACAAGCCACAGGACGACCAAGAAGUGAACUCAAAAAAGGACUACUCCAUUUCAUCAAGCAAGAUGAGAAAUCAUGGAGGUGGCAAAAGAAAUCAGCACUCUCUGGUUAGACUGGAGAACAAAGAGAAGAAUUCUCCUUCCUUGGGAGGAAUGCAAACACCAGUGUCAAAGUUGCUGAAGAAAGUAGAGAACGUAAACACAGGAAGUGUAAUGAGCAUUCCUCAGCACCAUAAGAAGGUAACUCACCAUGAAUAUGAAGUUGAAACUUCUAAUGGAAGAACAAUUACCAAGCGAAGGAAAACGAGAAGUACCGUCAUGUUUGAGGACCCAAGAAAACAAAGAAAGAUGAGUACGCCAAAGGCCAAUACCCCCAAAAGUAUAGUCAAGGGAGUCAAAGGAGGAGGUCAUCCACAUCCUUCAAACAUAGGUGAUUUAUUUUCGGAAGGGUCUCUUAAUCCCUAUGCAGAUGAUCCCUAUGCAUUUGAUUAGAGAGAUUUCUCACAUCGUUUCCUCUGGCUACGAUGGAUGGAUUCUUCAUCUUGCUGCAAAUCAUUAUAAAAUGGUAGACCAUGCAUAAAGCAUGAGAAUAGCCUUCUCGCUUUCUUCCAGGUCAGAAAGAAAGCUACGGUAGUCUUGAGCUGCUUCACUGCUAGCAGCAUGGCAUUUUUUUGGCCUGUGUAAGGGACGUGUACAUUCUUCUUCUCCUCUUAAUACUUGGCCCUUUUUGUAAAUAAAUAAUUAGGAUGUUUUGAAGAACGAAAUGACAAAUUCUUCGUCCAAAGUGAAAUGUACAAUGACUGAGUAUACAAACCAGUAUUCUUUCCCUUCCCCACCCCCUCUUUUCCCAUUUCCAGUUUAUAUUACAAAUGUUUUCGA